AUGGACAUCUUCAAUCGACCUCCCGCAAUCUCCGAAGAUACGCUUCAAUACACCAUCUACCCAGCUCAAAACGUAUCGGACAAAGCUGCUGUGACGACUUUUGCGGCGGUCUUGAUAGAUUAUGUUGACAUCUUGCUUCCCGACCAUAUAUGGCACCGCGAUGCCUUUGAGGUCAAAGUCGUCCCGCAUCCUGAAGUUAAAGACAACUGGAUUCUCGAAGGUCGAAUGCGAGUGGGAGACUCUGUAGACGAUGAAUGGUGUACUGUUUGGUUGCUGAAGGAGAUCAGCUCACAGUGGGACCUCGUUAUCAGUGUUUUCGACUCUGAUGGAGAGUUUCUUCUCAUAGAGGCCGCGGAGGUAUUGCCACUGUGGGUGCAGCCAAAAAAUUCUGAGAACAGGGUCUGGAUCUACGCCUCCCGCCUACACCUCAUCCCCCUCUCACACUCAUCUCCACCAUCUAGAAAACGGAUUCGUCGUAAAAUCCUUGAUUCAACGGAAAGUGAUAAUGAGGGCUCGGACAAUGACGACGAGUUCAUAACGCCAGACGAUGCCGUGAAGUUGGUCCAGAACCCAUUUGUGGAGACUUUGGCCCCUCCAAUUGUGGAAAAAGCUGUAUGGGAACGGAUAUCUGGUUACCCGGCUGCGAGGCGAAAGCAUGUCCACACUACGAAUGCUUACAUUCCCAUUGACAUCGCCAAAGCCUUGGUUGCAAGGCCUCACCUCGUACAGAAAUCAGUGGAAGCCUUCUAUACGAGGGAUGCGAUCCAGCUACGCGCGGCCCAUCGGAUGUUGCGGUUGCCGCCUGGUACGUCGGUAUUGCAACCAGUAAAAAUGACCAGAACGGCGUACGCACAGCUGCUGGGACAAAAAUUCUUUCCGCCCAAGGUUUUUGGACGGUGGCAAGAAAAAGAGGGAACCCGCGAGUGGCGUUGGAGGGAUGUCGGUAUGAAAAUCGCCGUUGGCUUUGAAAUUCUGUAUCAAGAGAGCAAAGGCAAGCUGAGCACUUCCAACAUAACCAUUGAGGGUACAAAGUCAUCCGCUGAGGCUGCAAAGGAUGCUCUUCGCCGAACACCAGAGUAUCAAAAAUUCUUGCAGAAUCUAGUAUCUGCAAACUAUUUCAAAGGCGAAGUGGAAGGCUCUGAACUCUGGAGGGAGCUAGAGAACAAAGCGGCCAUUACAUUUGUGGAGGUCCGGCAAACUGAUAAUGCUACGCGUCAGUCAUUUGCAUCCCAAGUCGAUGCUGCGGCAUCGGAAACGAUAUCCCCAUCCACUUCGAACCAAACCGAGGACGACGAUGAAUGGUUAAAUCUUGACUCGGAAGAUUUCGAGCAGAUGUUACAAUCAACCGUUCCACCUGCCAAGAAUCGAGCCCCAAACGCUAUGGAAAUUGACACAGCCGAGACGGCUGAAGACCGAACGACUUUGGAGCAGGCCGACAGACUCAAAGAAUUAGCUACGAAAGUCGAAGAUUUCGUUGAAGGCGAAGGCGAUUUGGAGGGUGCCAGGUUUGAGGAUGAGGAAUUCUCAGACGAUCCCUUUAGCGAUGACGAUUCGGAGAAGUCAAUGGACACCGAUCCAGCUGAACGACAAGCCGCAAUGGAUCAACUUAUUCCAGCUCUUGACCCAUCUGAGUACGGACAGAUGCCAGCAUCGUAUCACAGCAACUCACAGAGAGUGGCGCCUGUGACCGUUAUUCCAGACCUCCAAGGCGAUGACCACCUCAAGGAUGAUGACACGAACAAGUCAACGAAAGUCCCAGCUGUGAAGGAGAGACCUAUUAGAAAGCCUAUUUUACCUCGUGAUAAUUUCGAUGGCGUCGUUGAUUCAGACGAUGAAACAGAUGAAGAAGCCAUGGAAGAUGAUGAUGAGUCGGAGGAGGACCGGCCGCAGGUGGUUGGAGAGAUUGAUAUCGACAUGGGGGAAGAGGAGGCUGAGUUCCUUGAGUUUUCCAGGCAAGCCCUUGGCCUAAGUGACGAAGAGUGGAAUGAUAUUGUCCGAGAUCGCAAAGGUCGUGGUGCCUUUCUCCCUGAGAGUGCAACCUUAAAACCGCAGGUCCCCUUGUCAAAUCACACUCCAGGCUCCAACCAAUCAAAAUCUGCAGAAGACCCUGGACCUCGGGUGCCAAUGUCCGGUCCUCGACCCAAUGUCAAUCCGAAACUUGACUCCUUUGAAACCGUCAUGGAGGCAUUAGACCAAGAAUUAGCUCGCAAUCGCCGUUCGAGGGCUCCUGCCACAAAAGCACCUGAAACGAAGGGGAAAGGGAAAGAGAAGACAGUCCGGAUUGAUGUUAAUGACAAAGACGAGGAUGAGGAUGAGGACAUCGAUGCUGCCAUGGAGGCGGAGCUGAAGGCUACCCUUGAGCAAGCAGAAGAUGAAGAUGAAGACUCUGGGGAAGCGUCGAUUGACUACAACCUGAUCAAAAAUUUCCUCGAGAGCUUCAAGAGUCAAGGAGGACUCUCUGGUCCUGUGGGAAGCCUGGCUGGAAGGCUUCAACCUGGUUGGAAGCUCCCUCGGGACAAUGCUUAA